AUGGACAGAACCUACUUCCCGCGGAGCUACCAGAACAAUGUUGGACUUGUCGAGGCACCAUCAGCUGAGCGUACUGCCAGUUUCGUAGAGAACCAUAUGCAUCCAGCCCUUGCUUCCGCCGGUGCCACCAGAUAUGCCCGAAAAUUUGCACGUGAGAUGGUGCAGCAUGGCCAGUUUCUAGUGAGCGAGAUGCAGCGACAUGACAUAAAUCCUCAGCUCGAGUCAAAGCACGAUAGAGACCUUCAGUACCUUCGUGAUAACUGGCCCCGCGGCGAAUGGGUUCCUGCCCAUAGAAGAUGGGACGACUGGACCAACGAGAUCAUUGUUAACAACAUGGUCAAGUUUACCAAGGCGUAUCUACAAGCGAGCCCGGAGAUCCAGGAGGCUUUGGGACCACUGGCGGACCAAUGGGAGAGAAACAAGUUCCUCGGCGAAGCUCAUGCCAGCUGGGAUGAUCAAAUCACGAUCCUCGGCACCGAAAAUGCCCUUGCAGCACUCAGAACAAGGAUUGCGGAGCUGCAGGAACAGUUUCGACAGGCGGGAGAACAGGAGGGAGAGCAGGGGAGGUCCAGCAGCAACAACGACGAUGUCCCUCUCGGUCUCGAAGCCGAUGCCGCGGUCGACGCCGGUGUCGGUGCCGUUGAAGCCGACCCAGAUAAUGACGACGAGGAAGCCGACAUUCCCACCACCCCUUCCUCUCCUCUUUCUAUCCUACCUCGAACCCCAUCUCCGCCUGCCCCAUCACCCUCCCGGCCCCAUUUCCGGCCCUCGCCCCGGCAACCCCGGCGACCUCGGCGUGCUCGUCCUUUGCCAGCCAGCCGUCAAGAGGAGGUGGCCGCUCUCCAAGCUCGUCUCAGAGCUUAUAUUCGUUCAUUCAAGAGAAGCGCCUUGCACCUGUCGCCGGAGGAGAUUGAAGAGGCUGCCAGAAAUGCCCCUGCUUGGCUCGAGGCCCAUUUUGAAGAAGAAGAAGAAGAAGAAGAAGAGGAAGAAGAGGAAGAGGAAGAGGGGGAUGAUGAUGAUGAGGAGAUGAAUGAUGACGAGGAGUAG